AUGCUCCGUGCGGCGGCGAGGCGGCACCGCGACCCGGUGGGGUGAGGAGGAGCGGCCCGGUCCCGCCUGCUUCCUCCCGCUCCCUGCUUGGCGGCGGGGCCUGCGCCGGGCACGGCAGCACGGGGACAUGGCGCAGCGGCGGACGGCGGCGGACAGCGCCCAGCACCAGCGGCUCCUGGAAGGAAAAGCUCAGGCUGAAGGUGGAUCGGCUCGAACGUCUCUUCUUAUUUUGGUGUCUGUCUUCACAGUAGCUGCUUUCUUUAUGUUUCUGGUGUACAAAAAUUUCCCACAGCUCAGCGAAGAAGAAGGAAAAUGUAUAAAGAUUCCACGAGAUAUGGAUGAUGCAAAGGCCUUGGGAAAAGUCCUGUCCAAAUACAAGGACACCUUUUAUGUUCAAGUAUUGGUGGCUUAUUUUGCCACAUACGUUUUCUUGCAAACAUUUGCUAUCCCUGGGUCUAUAUUCCUCAGUAUCCUGUCAGGGUUUCUUUAUCCCUUUCCACUGGCCUUAUUUCUGGUUUGUCUGUGCUCGGGCCUUGGAGCUUCGUUCUGCUACAUGCUUUCAUACUUAGUGGGACGGCCUGUUGUGUACAAAUACUUAACGGAAAAAGCAGUAAAGUGGUCAGAACAGGUUGAGCGUCACAGAGAACACCUCAUUAACUACAUAAUAUUUUUGAGGAUAACACCGUUUCUCCCCAAUUGGUUUAUCAAUAUAACAUCUCCUGUAAUAAAUGUGCCAUUAAAAGUAUUUUUCAUUGGCACUUUUCUAGGUGUGGCACCACCGUCUUUUGUAGCCAUUAAGGCAGGAACAACACUAUACCAACUUACGACAGCAGGGGAAGCUGUUUCCUGGAACUCUCUCUUUGUUCUCAUGAUUCUUGCCGUCCUCUCCAUCCUACCAGCUCUCUUCCAGAAGAAAUUGAAACAGAAGUUUGAAUAAUGAUCAAACUGGACCCGAAUUUCCCAUAUUUCAUCUCAGGAUCGGCACUUCUGAUAUUUGUAUAUUUGCUUUUCUAUUGGCUCAUAAGCGUUUUAAAGGGAAGUUCAUGAUGGUAGGAAUGUCUUUAAAUGAACACGUGGCCUGGGAGAACUGUGUUCAGAAAUGUACUGUGUUUUGCUUUGGGGAGUGAGGAUGGUAUGUGUGGCCCUCGGGAUGAGGGAAGUGAAACCACAUUUUGCUCUGAUGAUACGCAGAGCAGAAGUUGUAGAUGUGAGCUACAGAUUGCUUUGUAAAACCUGCAAGAAGAAAACAGCAAAUCCCUUAAUGAUUUGCUCGGAUUUUGUAACAUUCUCAACAUUUCUGUAGCCUUGAAUGUGAUCUGAUCUGAGCACACUUCUCAUCAACAAUAGUUUUUUUUCUUUCUGGAGUUCCAAAAUGAUAGAUAGCGUAAUAUAAUAACGGUGCUCACUCAAACUUAUUUUUUCUGAAUAGUCGUUUAGCUACAAUAAUACAUUCACCCUGAUCGUUUGCUUCCUUUAGUGCUGUAUGGAUUUAAAUACUUGAACCUACGUCUGCUUUACUAACUGGAUUAACAAAGGCAAAGUGUCAGAUCGUUCUGUCUCAUUCUAAUUUUUCCUUUGGGAGGGAAUGUAAGAGAGCAGGCUGGAAUUCUUACUGUGCCCAGCUGAUGUUGAAGUUCUAAACCAACUUUUUAAUGUUCACCUUGGCAGUAUUUCACUUGCAUACAUUUAUCCUGCAAAUUCAAGAAAAUGAUCGUAUUUAUAUAAAACGUUAAUUUCAAGUGAAUUAAGAGUGUGUAUGUUUAGUGUAUUACUAACAUUUCUCAAGCGUUAUACAAAGAAUAUGAGAUUUUCCAUUGUAGCUCAAUUGGCUGGGAGCAUCAGGUACAGCUGGUGCAGUUCUUGUAAAGUAGCUGGUUCCAAAUGUUCUUCAAAGCAUCAAGUAACGGAAUUUGGUGAACGUGCAUUAGAUUAGAAGGAUUAUUCCAUUCUUUGGCCAGCCAGUAACUGGCAAUGGACAACCAGCUACAGUUCAUCUUGAAAAAUAUGCACACAUAUAUCUAUUCACUAAGUAAAGUAUGUGAUACCUCGCCUUGUAUGGUUGUAACUGUUGUAUUGUCAGCGGAAUCCUGUCAAAUGAGGCCCUGAUCUGCAAGGAACUUGGGUACGUGUUUAAGUUUAUCCUACUGAAACCAGUGCUGCUCACCGGCUUUAAGUUUCUGCCCCUGAAGUACGUUGCUGAGACGUGAGUUGGCAUGUUGGCAUAUGCUCCAGUUCAACGGUUCACUUGUCUGUGUCCUCACGUUAACUCGUCGUACAAUGGAUCAUUUGAGUUGUAAGAGAAUAGUUCCGUAAAUGGGAUAAUGUGAAAGGUGCUGGUACCUUUAUAAAGAAUUUUGUUCUUUUUGUAACAUAAUGUUGAUUGACUCCAUUUUAUUGCAGUAUUACAUGUAAAUAUAUAGUAAAUACUGAUGAACUAUUUCUGUCUUUUAUUUAAAUCUGGGUUUUAUAUAGGUAAAAACUGAUUGAACUUCUGUUCACAAAUUCAUUGUGAGCAUAUAGCUUCAGGAGCUGUACUCUUAUUUAGAAUUUCCUCUAAAAGUAUACUGUGUUGUCAUUUAAAACUUAACAAUGUUUUGGUUUUUUUAAUUGCUGUGAUUCUAAUCUCAGAGCUCAUCUAUCUAGAGGAUUUGUUCCAUAAUAAAUAGUAGCUGUUGUAAACCAAUUGCCCACUGGAUACUGAGUGUGAAAUAGCUGUAGAUUUACAGCCUCUUCACCUGCAUAGGUAACUUUUCAUACAGCUGAACUCAGAGUAAAUUCCAUGUUGCCCAAUGGCUUUUCUGACAUUGCCUCAGUUUUUGUCAUUAACAGAUGCUGUUGGAGAAUUCCUUCAACACUAUAUGAAAUUGUUUUGAUGGAACCUUGACACUAAAGAAGGAAUGAACUUUGUUUUGUAUGAAUCAUGCUAUCGCUUGGCACUUUUAUUGAGUUAUGUUUCACUGUGUAGAUGGGAUCAGGCUGUGAUACUGAAAAACCUGUUUCACUUGUAGGCAAAGUUCCCAACACAGUGGCUAAAAGCCUUAAAACCUUGAAAAGGAUGAAAAUAAGGCUGUUUCCUUAGUGCUUUUUCCUUGCUUUCCUUGCUUUCCUUGCUUUCCUUCCUUCCUUUCCUUUUUAUUUUUAUUUUUUUAUUAUUAAAGCCUACUUCCAUGUUUAUCUUCAACAUCCAAUGGCCUCAGGCACUUCCCUAUCCUAUGAGGACUACUGAAGUAGCUGUGAAAAGGGCAAAGAAGUGCUGUAUUGUGGAGUGAGGUACCAUCCUGGACUCUGUGGACCCCAGCCAGUAGUCUGAGAGAUAGCCAUAGCACCUACCAGAUGUAAAUUGGCCAGUCAGGAAAGUAUAGUUGAGUUUGACUAUGAAAAUAUUAGAGAUGACCUGAUUUUGACCUGUUUAUCUUCUGGAAUUCUUUUGUAAAUGAUAUCUGCAUGACAUCCUUACUAAACGCCUCUUGCCAUUUGAUAAUAAAGCUAUGAUUUGAAAUUUGAAAUAUUGUAUUUUUUUUGAGUAUGAUGAAAUAUGCUGAACUUUCAACUAGUCUAAAUUUUUAAUCUAUUUAAAAAGGGUGAGAUCUUCUUUAAGUGGUAUUUUUCUAAUGACUUUGAACAUUAAACUGAGCUGAUGAUCAUG